CACCCCACCCUGUGGACCUGCAAACUUCAUUUGGCAACUAAUCCAUUAUUAAGCAGAACAUGCAGUUGAGAAACUCAUAGUGGUAUAGGGCUUUUUAUUCCCAAGAAUGAGGGAAUGUGGGGACAGAUUCCAUUGUGAAGGUUGAACUCAUGGUCAUUAUUGCUAAAUGCCAGAAGUAGUUUUGUGUCCCUCAAAAGUGAUGCCUUUCUUCCCUUUCUACUGUUAAAACAGCCUAAGGCCCAGUUUAAGGACUGCUACCGUAGAGCACAUCUGGGUGGGAGUACAGACCUGUGCCAAAUCAAAGUGUUGCUUAUACUCACCCUUUGCUAUAUUGUUCCAAGUCCAAAACUUCAGAAGCAAGUCCCAUAACUGAGACUGCAGGCUUGUGAAACUAAUGCACCAGGCAGGGAGUAGUUUACUGACCAAACACUGAAAGCUGGAAUUCCUGUGAUCACAAGAGUCACUCAAAGAAUUAUCUGCAAGUUUAUAUGUUAUCUCUAUGUUUUGCUUUAGUCCUCUUUGAUACGCAACCUACGGCUCUCGGAGUCCUUGAAAAAGAACCAACUCUGGAAUGGGAUUAUAAGCAUAACUUUGUUGAAGGGAAGAAUGUCUCAGGAGGAAACAUGACCGAGAUGUUUGUCCAGUUAAAACUGGGAGAUCAGAGGUAUAAAAGUAAGACACUGUGUAAGAGUGCAAACCCGCAGUGGCAGGAACGCUUUGACUUUCACUACUUCUCUGACAGGAUGGGCAUUUUGGAGAUUGAAGUGUGGGGAAAGGACAGCAAAAAGCAUGAGGAGCGUCUGGGCACGUGAGUUACUCUGCUUCUAACUGGUGGGAGCUUGCUUUUGCAUGGGGCUUUGCUGACAGGGUGUCUAUUUGGGCUGAGGUUGCUAACUCAUAUUCCACCCCAAGGGCCAUCAGUAAUUCAGGACAAUCAAGCCUAAUACUGGGAAUGUUUGCUUAUUUUUUAAUUGGCAAAUGUCAUUCAGUAUUUAAAGGCAGUAUUCAAAACAGAAGAAGAUAUAGUUGUCCCUUAGUAUACACAAGAAAUUUGUUCCAGGAACCUCUCUGCUAACACCAAAAUACACAGUGCUCAGGUCCCUGAUAUAAAAUGGUGCUGUAGUUGUGUACAACCUGUGCACAUCAUCCUAUAUACUGUAAAUUAUCUCUGGAUGAUUUAUAAUUCCUAAUACAGUGUAAAUAGGUGGUUGUACUAUAUUGCUAAGGGAGCAAUGACUCCAAAAAUG